AUGGAUGUGUGUCUUGCUGUGCUGCCGUGGAAAAUCCUUUGGAACCUGCAAAUGCGUACCGCAGAGAAGAUCGGUGCAGGUGUCGCCAUGAGUCUGGGAAUACUAUCCACAUACAUUGAGAAAUUGACAGUCCAGGAUGUAUCAUAUGAAUCGUACAACUCCAUCAUAUGGGCCGUCGCAGAGUGUUCCAUGGCCAUCGUGGCUACCUCGAUUCCCGUACUUCGCGUCAUUUUCAGGCAGGCGUUCAACUCGGCGAUGGAAGGCUACACGGGCCAGAGUAAAAGCAAAUCAAGAUCGAACCCUUCCAACGCUGGGAGCUCGGGGAACCGAUUGAGCACACGACAAUUGAGCAAGAAGACGCCAGAUAUAUCGGUCAGCGGAGAAUCUGUGAAGGAAGUGUUCGGACGUGGAUCACGUGGAUCCAAGAACUAUGUAGAGCUAGAUGAUUUGGUAGUCGACGAGGCGACUGGGCGCGCUACUGCUUCGUCUCUAGAGUCUCUGGCAAACGAUGGCGAGCGCCAUGUGCUAAACUGGCACGUGUAG